AUGAUGAUCGGCCAUUUGGCGCUGCUAAAAAAGGCACAAAUCACGAGCAAGAGGUCGAAGCGGCUAUCACCUCUUUUAAGGGAGACCCAUCUCAACAAAGUGAUCGAAUCCGGUCUUGUCGACACGCUAUCAACCGUCUCCGUCCUUGUGGACACACUCUAUGCGCAGCCCACAACGCCUCCGUCACUCUACAUUGAUCUUGAGGGAGUUUAUCUUUUCAGAGAAGGCACCGUGUCUAUUCUUCAGGUCUAUGUGCUACCACUGGGCCGCGCAUAUCUCCUUGACGUCCAUACUCUCAAAGACGCUGCCUUCUUGACACCUGGGACUAACGGCCGCACCCUUAAGGACCUGCUGGAAUCUAGUGCUAUCCCCAAGGUGUUCUUUGACGUGCGCAACGACUCGGAUGCCCUAUUCUUCCACUUCAAAAUAAAUCUUGCGGGUGUGCAGGACCUGCAGCUUAUGGAACUUGCAUCGCGUACACAUUCUAGAAAGUAUGUUGCUGGACUCGCAAAAUGUAUUGACAGGGAUGGGAAUUUGAGCCCGGCAAAAGGGGCGAAAUGGAAGGCGACCAAGGAGAAAGGCCUCAAGAUGUUCAUGCCGGAGUCUGGUGGCAGUUACGAAGUGGGUUCAACGAACGUCCCCUGUCGGAAGAGAUAA